AUGUCUAAUGUUGUUAGAAACAGUUCUAUGUUUUGUGAGGAAAUUAUUAUUCUACUAAAAUCUGAGCAUUGGACCAUACAAGUCGACUGUGUAGAUUUUCAGGAAAGUACUUCUGAUCAUCUGAAGGCAUUACUUGGAUACCGAUAUCCGCACACCGGUAUACCGUCCAUCUACACCACCCCAAUAAGAACACUAGGGUUUCCGGUAAUUGUAGCUGCCGCCGCCACCAUAAACCACUACGCCACCUGCUUCCCGGCACCUACGUGCCAUUCUCAGUUCCCCGAAUCUAGGGUUUCCGACAAUUGUAGCAGCCGUCGCCACCACAAGAAACCGCGUGCUGCUAUUUUGAAUUUUAGUUGUUGUUCCAAUGCUGUUUUGGUUGUGGCUGCCUUCCUCCGUCAAUAA